CCCGCUGCUCUGCUGCCACCACCUUCCUUAGGACCAGGCUGGGGAGGGUUUGAUUUUUGUUUUUUUAAACCAGGAAACGUGGAUAAAUGUCCGUUUCGCUGGGCGCACACAAGCCGGCGGAAAUCUAUUUCUAUGGCUAAGAAUCAAAACGUCCAGAGAGGCAGAGUGAGAAAAAUGCGGCUUGGGGCCGCCUUAGAGUUUGCUUUUCCGGCUAUUCCCCUGGUCUAUUGCCGUGUGCUGCUGCAAGUUUGUGUUUGAAGGGUUACAAAGCUGGAAUCUCAAGGUCUGUUGUCAUUACAUAAGGACUGUCUGACACCCCCCCACCCCCGCCCCUCCCUGCCUCCAUUAUUCCUGGCAAUCAAAAUAGCGAUGGGGUGCGAUUCUCUAGCCCAGGGCUUGUGGCCUCCCUCUCAGACGUGGGUGUUCUCUGAGUUCCAGCCCCAGCUCCACCUUGGGGAUUCAAACCUGGGUCUCCUGUGCCCUGAGUGAGUGCCCCAGCUGCUGGGCUAAGGAUUAAAAUGGGGGCGGUGUAGGGUGACCAGGUGUCCCGAUUUUAUAGGGACAGUGCCGAUUUUUGGGUCUUUUUCUUAUAUAGGCUCCUAUUACCCCCGACCCCCUGUCCUGAUUUUUCACAUUUGCUGUCUGGUCACCCUAGGGUGGUGGCACCGCCCCAGCUCCUGUCUGGCGAAUCUAGGCUGACGAACGGAAACGUUUCGUUUUGAUGACGUCGAAACGAACCCUUUGGACCUGUCUGGAAACAUCCGUUUUCGUUUUGGCUGAAACCGUUCCACCUUGCCCCGAAUUCGUGAAAUGUUGCAGUCGCCCUGAAUCUGCCUUUUUCGGCAGAAGUCUUGGCCCAAAAUUUUUGCCCCAGCUCUAGUUAUGACACGGGCUAUAGCUACAGGACCACGUGGUUACUUUUUUCCCCACUGGACCAUUCAGUGCACAGGGUGGACGGUUGCAAGGGGAACCUUAAUGCUGCUUUUGCCAAACGGUCCGAGUGCUUGACUUUGCGACCUGAAUGACAUUCCCAUAAUGUAGGAUUUUUUGUUUUUUUUGGUAUGUAAUUUCCUUGUUUUUUAAGAAGGAAAAACCAAAGUGUGGGCCUCUAUAAUGCACGUUCUCCAGCACUGGCUGCAGGAUUUGAAUCCAGGACCACAGAACUCUGCCGCUUGAGCAGAUCUAGCGCAAGGCAAAAGCUGCGGCCCCGCGGGCGAAGCGAGGGGCUGGCCGGCAGUGCUGGAAAGAAGAGCCCGGGAGGUCCUCCCCCAGCCCGAGCACCUAUCCGAGCCGUUCCCUCCCCGCUGGAUCGUUCAGGGUCCGUCUCCUGCUUUGUCCUGGAAGGAGAGAGGCCAAGAAAGCUCUGGACUCGUCACUCAACAAAGGACUCUUUGUUACAGCCUCCUCCAAGGAAACCUGACCUCCCUCCCCGUCCCUGGGGUGGAAAGCGAUCCGGACGGGGCCACUGGCUCGGCUGGGCCCUCUCUCCUUCCGUCGGCGCCGGGGCUCUGCUCUAUGUGGGCCAGUCUGCCUCCGUGAUGCCGCCCUUCUUCCUGGCUCUCCUGCUUUGGGGGCAGGCGGCAGGAGCCGCCAAGGCCUGUCCUCACCUGUGCGUCUGCUACGAAUCCUCAGAUUUCGUGGACUGCCGUGGCCGGCGCCUGGCCCACGUCCCCCGCAGCGUCCCGCACAGCACGUGGCUCUUGGAUCUGAGGCACAACAACCUGACCAGCCUGGAGGCGGGCUCCUUCGACGCCCUGUGGUCUAUGAAGAUCUUGCUCCUGGCCCACAACUCCAUCGGCCAGCUCUGGCCCAAGGCCUUCGCGUGCCUGGGCUUCCUGGAGAAGAUAGACCUCAGCCACAACCUCCUGGCCCAGUUGCCUCCUGACUUCUCCGAUGAACUGGCCUCCCUGAAGGAGCUCAAGGCGGCCUACAACCGGCUGUCGGCCGUGGGCUAUGAGAGCCUGCAGCACCUGGAGAGCCUGGAGAAGCUGGACCUGAGCUACAACCAAGUGGCUUCCAUUGAGAAGGGGGCCUUUCGGGGCCUGUCUAGGCUUCGCUACCUCUACCUCCAGUCCAACCGUCUGGGGAUUGUCCACAACGGCUUCUUCUCCAUGCUCCAGAACCUGGAAGUCCUCUUCCUUGGCACCAACAACAUCAGCGCCAUCGAGCUGGAGGCCUUCACCUCCCUGCACAACGUGAACCUCCUGGCUUUGACCGGCAACCAGCUCCUCCACCUCAAAUUCAAGACCUUCCUGAACAUCCAGACGCCUAGCACCCACCUCCAGCUCGCCGGCAACCCCUGGGCCUGCGACUGUGACCUCCAGCGGGUCUUCAGCAAGAUCCUGAGCGUCCGCCACCUCCACGUGGAAGACUACGCCAAUAUCACCUGUGCCAGUCCCUGGCAGCUGGCCGGCUUGCCUCUGGUUUCUGUGGAUGCCCAGCUGUGUGUGGCCGAGACGGCCACCGUCCUGGUGAUCACGGUCACCGUCCUGGUGACGGUCGUUGCCGCCAUCGUCAUGGCGGAGAGGAACAGGAAGAGGAGCCAGGAGAAGAACUGGAACGAGUCGGACGGCCCCUUCGACCCGCAGGAGAAGUGAGACGAGGGGUGGGAAAGCUGGCGUCUGGUGCGUGAGAAGCAGCCGCUUCCUUUCCCUCUGCCUUUGAGCUCUCCUGGAUCCGCGCUGACUGGCCCUAUUCCUAGCUCCUCGGGACCCAAGCCCGGAUGCCUGGGGUGGGGACCAGAGUGGCCGUGCCCAGAGACGUGCUGCUGCACUGACCCCAGGGGGCUCCCGCUCGGUCCCAUCUUGGGCCAGGUCCCCCUUCCUUUCACCUGCUCAUCGCCACCAGGUUCUGUGAGCCAACGGCUGCCCUGCCACGCCCCUGCACCCACCUCCCCGGCCUUCAAACCCUCCCUCGGGCACGCCCCCGCCCCACACACGCUGGCCUUUAACAGCUGCCCUCAGGGACGCCUCUCCUGCCCCCUGCUGGCCUGUGGGGUGAUUGCACAGAUGUAGCCAACUGGAACGUGGUGAAGAUGGGGGAGGGAGGGAAUCUCAACCACCACCCCCCCUCCGCUGAUGGGAGGGAAAAGGGAACAGUGCUCUGGUUUUGCCCCUCAACUCAGCAGUUCUGGCUCCGUGAGCCCUCGCAGCCCUCCCCUACGAGGCAGGGAUUACCCCUCCCUUACAGCUGGGGAAACUGAGGCACGGCGCUUCAGUCAAGGUCAGUGCAGCGAGCUGGGAAUGGAAGGUGGGGGUCCUGACGCUCGAUCCGCCGUUCUCAGCCCCUCCUCUGCUCUGUGCUGGCCUGUUGGAGUUUGGGGGCAGUGUUGCCUUGUGGGAAGAGCUGGUUUAGGGGCGGCUGCGGCUACCCUUGGCUGCUCCCUCCAGAGGCCAGUGCAGUGGGUGGGGAGCUGCUAGGCGGAGCUGGUUGUCUGCUCCGUGAGUGAAACCUCUUGGGCUGGUGGGGGGCCCUUGACUCAGUGGCCGCGAGGAACCAUAAGAUUCCACCCGCCUGCUCCACAUGGAUCCAGAGGCCAGGGCGGCCUGGGGGAAGCUGCUCUGCCUAGCCCUCAGCCCUCCUCCCACCUGGCCCAGCGGUGCUACGAGCCACGCUCCCAAACACGAGGCCCUCGCUGUGCAUUCACC